GCCACCAUGGUGCACUGGACAGCCGAAGAGAAGCAGCUCAUCACCAGCGUCUGGAGCAAGGUCAACGUGGAGGAAUGCGGUGCCGAGGCCCUGGCCAGGCUGCUGAUCGUCUACCCCUGGACCCAGAGGUUCUUUGCUAACUUUGGGAACCUCUCCAGCCCCACCGCCAUCAUCGGCAACCCCAAGGUCCGUGCCCACGGCAAGAAAGUGCUCACCUCCUUCGGGGAAGCCGUCAAGAACCUGGAAAACCUCAAGGCAACCUACUCCAAGCUGUCUGAGCUGCACUGUGAGAAGCUGCAUGUGGACCCCGAGAACUUCAGGCUCCUGGGUGACAUCCUCAUCAUCGUGCUGGCCGCGCACUUCACCAAGGACUUCACCCCUGCCACCCAGGCCACUUGGCAGAAGCUGGUCGGCGUGGUGGCCCAUGCUCUGGCCUACAAGUACCAUUAAACCCUCCGAAGGCAGACGUGUCUAUAACAGUCAAUAAAAAAAUUCACAUUUCCUG